AUGGCACCCCAGCAUCCUGGCACCCCACACCCCAGCAUCCCAACACCCGGGCAUCCCAGCACCCCAGCACUCCAGCAUCCUGGCACCCCAGCACCCCAGCACCAGACAUACCAGAAUUCUGGCAUCCGGCAUCCCAGCAUCCCAGUACCUCAGCAUCACAGCACCCUGGCAUCCCAGCACCCCAGCAUCUCAGCACUCCAGCAUCCCACACCGCAGCAUCCCACCAUCCCGGAAUCCCAGCACCCCCGCAUCCCGGCACCCCAGCACCCCAGCAUCCCACUGCCCUGGCACCCCAGCAUCCCAGCACCCUGGCAUCCCGGCGCCCCAGCAUCCCACCACCCUAGCACUCCAGCACCCCGGCAUCCUGGCACCCCGGCACCCCGACAUCCCAGCAUCCCAGCACCCCGGCACCGCAUCAUCCCAGCAUCCCGACAUCCCAGCAUCCCAGCACCCUGGCAUCCCAGGACCCCGGCAUCCCAGCACCCCGGCAUCCCAGCAUCCAGGCACCCCAGGAUCCCAGCACCCCAUCACCCUAGCAUCCCAGCACCCCAGCGUCCCAGCACCCCGGCAUCCCAGCACCCCAGCAUCCCACACCCUGGCAACCCAGCAUCCCAGAAACCUGGCAUCCGGCAUCCCGGCACCCCAGCAUCCCAGCGUCCCGGCACCCCAGCAUCCCAGCACCCCGGCAUCCCAGCGUCCCAGCACCCCGGCAUCCCAGCACCCAGCAUCCCACACCCUGGCAACCCGCAUCCAGAAACCUGGCAUCCGGCAUCCCGGCACCCCAGCAUCUCAGCGUCCCGGCACCCCAGCAUCCCGCACCCCGGCAUCCCAGCGUCCCGCACCCAGCAUCCAGCCCCAGCAUCCAGCGUCCCGGCACCCAGCAUCCAGCACCCGCAUCCAGCGUCCAGCACCCGGCUCCAGCACCCGCAUCCCACCCUGGCAACCCAGCAUCCCAGAAACCUGGCAUCCGGCAUCCCGGCACCCCAGCAUCCCAGCACCCCAGCACCCAGCAUCCAGCACCCGGCAUCCAGCACCCAGCAUCCCACCCUGGCAACCCAGCAUCCCGAAACUGCAUCCGGCAUCCGGCACCCCAGCAUCCCGCCCCAGCACCCCAGCAUCCCACCCGCAUCCGCACCCAGCAUCCCACCCUGGCAACCCAGCAUCCCAGAACUGCAUCGGCAUCCCGGCACCCCAGCAUCCAGCGUCCGGCACCCAGCAUCCAGCACCCGGCAUCCCACGUCCAGCCCCAGCAUCCCACCCAGCAUCCCACCCUGGCAACCCAGCAUCCCAGAAACCUGGCAUCCGGCAUCCCGGCACCCCAGCAUCCCAGCGUCCCGGCACCCCAGCAUCCCAGCACCCCAGCAUCCCAGCGUCCGGCACCCCAGCAUCCAGCACCCCGGCAUCCAGCGUCCAGCACCCGGCAUCCCAGCACCCAGCAUCCCACACCCUGGCAACCCAGCAUCCCAGAAACCUGGCAUCCGGCAUCCCGGCACCCCAGCAUCUCAGCGUCCCGGCACCCCAGCAUCCCAGCACCCGGCAUCCCAGCCCCAGCACCCGGCAUCCCAGCACCCCAGCAUCCCACACCCUGCCCAGGCUCCCGCGGUCCGUGCGCGCAGCCGGGCCCACCUCUGGGGCACCCAUCAGCGCCGAGCGAGGCGCGUGGGAGGUCGGCCCUCCGCGUGGGGGUCCCGGAGCGCUGUGCUCAGUGACGGGGUCCGCGGCGGGGCCUGGGCGGGGGGCGCGGGGGCGGGGGCGGCCGGGCCCCUCGACACGGGCCGGGGCGCGCCGACCACCGGGGCCGGGGGAGGGCGGCGCGGGCCCCCGCGGGAGCGCCCGGGGCUGCAGGUGCGGGACCCGCCUCCUCGGGAGGCGGCGGAGCCCCGGGCGGGGGCGGGGCGGGGGUGCGCGGGGCGGGGCGGGCCGGACGCCUCCCCGCGCGAGGAAGUCCCGGCCCCGCGCUUUGGGGAAGUGCGGCCCGCGCCUGCGCACUGCGGCCCGCGCCCCCUCCCCGACCGGCGGCCGGACCUGUGCGCGGGGCUGCGGCGGCGGCGGCGGCGGCGGCGGCGGCGGGGCCGGGAGCGCGGCCGCUCGGAGCCCGGGGAAGUGGUUGCUCAAGGGGGGGCCGGAAGAGCCCCGGUUUCCGCGCCUCCCGCCCCCGGCCCGGUGGGGAGGGCCCGGCGGGACGCCCUGCGCGCCCCCGCCCCGCGCCUGGCAGCCGCUCGCUCCGGGCCGGCCGGGCUGACCCGGGCUCCCGCCGCCUCCAGACCCCCGCAGGGCCCCCCGCCCGCGGACCCGGGUCGCUGCAGCGCGCCCUUCGGCAGCGGACUUGGGGGCCAGAGCCCAAGGGCUGGGAAAGGGGACCGAGUACCUUUCCAGCUGCCAGGCGGAGGGGCAGGAGCCCUGUGCACACCCCGAGCGACCUCAGGAGACAGCGGGCGAACAGGAGACCCCGCCAGCCCCGGGACGGUGUAG